AUGCCGGAAAGCCUACAGCACUAUACCGAAGACGAGGUCAGAGAGAUUGAGAGAAGCCUGAAGCGGAAGGCAGACUUCACCAUCAUGCCGAUCAUUGGCAUCCUUUACAUCCUCAACUAUAUCGACCGUCAAAACCUAGCCGCCGCCAAGCUACAGGGUAUCAUGGAAGAUCUCAACAUGAGCACCACACAAUUUGCUACGGCGGUCUCCAUUCUCUUCGUAGGAUACCUGCCCUUCCAGAUCCCAUCGAACCUGAUAUUGUCUUCUAUCACUCGUCCCGGCGCAUACAUCUGUACUGCUACGGUCAUCUGGGGAGCCAUCUCUGCGGCUACAGCCGCGGUCAACAGCUACAACUCUCUGCUUGCCGUCCGCGUCAUUCUUGGAGCAGUCGAAGCUGUAUUCUUCCCUGGUGUUAUCUACCUCCUCUCAGCUUGGUAUACGAAGCGCGAACUUGGAAAGCGAUUCGCCGGACUUUACAUUGCUCAGCAAGUUGGUAAUGCUUUCGGUGGCCUCAUCGCUGCUGGUAUCCUCAAACUUGACGGCGUUCAUGGUAUCCGCGGAUGGCGAUGGCUCUUCAUCAUUGAGGGCUCUGCAACCGUUGGGGUAGGCCUCUUCUGCGUCUUCUUCUUGCCCGAGUACCCUUACAAUGCACGUAUGCUCAAGCCUGUCGAAAGAGAUCUGGCAGUGUGGAGACUCGAAAAAGAGGCUGGAGCAAGCGAAGCCAACGAAGAGAUCAGCACUCUAAAGGGCUUCCUUCUAGGCCUUCAAGACCCAAAGCUCUACGUGAUCAUCUUCAUGAACAUGAUGAGUCAGGUCCAAGGAUCCAUAGCCAACUUCUUCCCGAGUAUCGUCAACACACUUGGCUACGGACAUUAUGAGACGCUCCUCCUCACCGCUCCACCCUAUGUGCUCGCUGGUGUCGUCUAUUUCGGAAUCACCUGGUACUCGGAUCGAACGAACAACAUGUACCGCGUCAUCGUAAUUUGCAUCUGCAUAGCCUGCGCAACCUACAUUAUCGCACUCUCUACCCUCAACACAGGCGCACGUUACACUGCAAUGAUGUUGAUGCCAUUCUCGUCUGUCGGUCCGCAGUUGAUGCUCUACAAGAUCAUUAAUCAACAUCUCCCCCGUCCAAUCGCCAAAAGAGCAGGAGCUGUAGCCAUGACAAACGCCAUUGGCGGCAUCUCCAACAUCUGGAUGUCGUACCUGUACAUCGGUGCUCCGCAUUACUAUCCUGCCUUUGGUGCCUUGUUUGCUGCUGCUAGCAUCUUCUUGGUCACCAUUACGGCGUAUAGAUUUUAUGUUCUCAAAGAGAACAGGAAGUUGGAGCAAGGCGGUGAGGUUGCACAGAAGGCUAUGAGGCAUGGUAUCACGCAGCAGCAACUGCAGAUGGGCUGGCGUUAUGAAGGUCUCUAG